AGAUUUGCACUUGAAUUUACAUCAUGCAUUGUUAUACGUAUAACCUUGUUUUCGAUUUUUGAUAACAAUGUAAGCAAGAUGAUUGUUUAUCACGUAGAUCACGUAUUUGUGAAACAUCAUUUGUAUAGAGCAUAAUAAAUAUGUCUCAUAUUCUGUGCAUACAUAAGAAGUUAUUAAUGUUUAUCUGUAAAACUGAUUUUAUCUGAAAAUAUAUAACGUUGAUCAAAGACAUUAUAAACGUUUCCUUUGUUACAUAUGUCACCAAUUUCAAAUAGUACGUGGGAGUAUACUUAGAAAUUUUUAUAUUUAUAAAAACUAAGUAAAAUUAUACAUCUUCAAUAUGUGGAAACCAUUUGAAGCUGGUAGUUCACCAGUUGACUGGUGUGAACGAAAUUAUAGUAUUUCUUCUAGUAUUGCAGAAUUUAUGAAUACGCUAAGUAACGUGGUAUUUUUAUUACUUCCUCCUGUUCUUAUGCAUCUCUUCAGAGAUUAUGCAAGAUUUGUAAACCCUGGAAUUCAUAUAAUUUGGUUUUUACUGAUGAUAGUAGGUCUUAGCAGUGCAUAUUUUCACGCUACCUUAUCUCUUAUUGGACAAUUGUUAGAUGAAUUAGCAAUUUUAUGGGUAUACAUGGCUGGCUUUUGCAUGUUCUUUCCAAGAAGGUAUUUCCCAAAUAUUUUACACAAUGACAGGAAACUGUUUGCUAUAUGUGCAACUUUACCAACUUUAAUUGCAACUGGUUUAUCACUUAUACACCCUGCAAUAAAUGCAUUUGCAUUAAUGACUCUUGGUAUUCCUGCAUUUGGAUUUAUGGUCAUUGAAUUAAAAAGGACAAAAUCAAUGAGAGUGUAUAGACUUGGUUUACGAUGUGGUGCUGUAUGGUUACUAGCAGUUGUUUGCUGGCUAAAUGAUCGUUUAUUUUGUGAUACUUGGUUAAAUUUGAACUUCCCUUAUUUACAUGCACUUUGGCAUUUAUUUAUUUUCAUUGCAAGUUACACAGCAACUGUACUUUUUGCAUAUUUUUCUGUAAAAGAAGAAAAACCACAACAAUCACCUGUACUAAAAUAUUGGCCAAAGGAUGAUUUUGAACUUGGUAUACCAUAUGUAACCAUUAAAAGUUACAUUAAGCUUGAUGUAAAUACAAAUAUAUAAAUAACAACUUGAAUAUUAUAAAGACUGCUUUAAAUUGACUAAAUAUUGAUUAAUGAUUUUAAAUACUUACUUAAAUUGUAGUAAGUAAUGAAGUACAUUAUUUACUUUGCUGACUUACAGAUUAACUUUGUAUAAGUGUUUUUAUAAAAAGAAACAUACUUUACAAUCUCUACUUAAAAGAUAGUCUCGACUUUUUAAAUUUGUGAUAAUAUUCUAGUUAUAUUACUUUUUUAUAAGUAGAUGU